UUUCCAGUGGGGAAGGAACUCCACUCUUUCUUCUCGGUGUCACCUGGAAGUUUCAGCUUUGUCGAGGCAGGACUGGAUGAAAUAUUUGGGCUCUCCACGCAGUGAUGGUGUCCCGAAGCUGAGCCCGGUCUGCUCGUGGGUCUGCGUGUUCUGCGUGGGGAGGAAAUAAUGGCGACAUGAGUGAACUGAAGUGAAGCGGAACGAGCCCCAACUGUCACACUUCCACCUGAGCGAGCUGACCAGACAAGAUGGCUGCUGAGGAGAACUACCUGCACGCCUCCAGCCAGAUGUUCGACGCCAUGAUUGACCCGUCCUUCCUGGAGUAUCCCCACUUCCACGUCCCGAUGCCUCAGAUGACGGCUCUGCAGUCAGUGGACGGACCGUUCCUGCAGAUCCUGGAGCAGCCCAAACAGCGCGGCUUCAGGUUUCGCUACGGCUGCGAAGGUCCGUCGCACGGCGGCCUGCCGGGAGCCUCCAGCGAGAAGAACAGGAAGACGUACCCGACGGUGAAGGUAACGCACUACCAGGGUCAGGCCCGGGUCGUGGUCCAGCUGGUGACGGCGCUGACCCAGCUGCCGCAGCUUCACGCUCACAGCCUGGUGGGGAAGCAGUGCGAUAAAGGCAUCUGCAUUGCUGACCUGCAGUCCAAAGACUCCACCAUCAGUUUUCCCAACCUGGGGAUCCUCCAUGUGACCAAGAAGAACGUGGCGAAGACGCUGGAGGAGCGGAUGGUGGAGGCCUUCAGGAUGGGCUACAACUGCGGCGUCGCCAUCCACCCGGAGGUCGACGCGCUGCAGGGGGAGGUCCGGGUCCCGCGGGAGCUCAACGACCACCAGCGCAGCAUGAUCAGCAGCGCCGCAGCCUCUCAGGCCAAAGAGAUGGACCUGAGCGUGGUGCGCCUCAUGUUCACCGCCUUCCUGCCCGACAGCGACGGCGGCUUCUCCAGACGCCUGGAGCCCGUGGUGUCCGAGCCCAUCUACGACAGCAAGGCUCCAAACGCCUCAAACUUGAAGAUCGUCAGGAUGGACCGGACCGCCGGCUGCGUGACGGGGGGAGAGGAGGUCUACCUGCUCUGUGACAAGGUCCAGAAAGAUGACAUCCAGGUGCGGUUCUAUGAGGAGGACGACUCGGGGCUGACCUGGGAGGCUCUGGGCGAUUUUCCCCCACAGACGUCCACAGACAGUUUGCCAUCGUCUUCAAGACCCCGAAGUAUCGAGACCAAAAACCUGCAGAAACCGACAUCUGUCUUUGUCCAGCUAAAGAGGAAAUCCGACAAUGAGACCAGCGAGCCCAAACCAUUCACCUACCAUCCGCAGAUCAUAGAUAAAGAGGAGGUUCAGAGGAAGAGGCAGAAGACGUUGCCGAACUUCCAGGACUUCAGCGGACAUGGAGGAGGAGGAGGCGGGGGGCUGUACCGAGGUGGAGGAGGAUACUACCAGGGUUUCUCCACCUACAGUUAUGGAGGAGCAGGAGGAGGAUUCUCCUCAGCCUUGCAGAGUGAAGCUGCAGAUGACAGCGACCCGGACAGCGACCCGGACAACGACCCGGCAUCGGGCGCUGUGUACGAGGCUCCGCCAUUCAGAUGGCUCCAGUGUGGAUCCAGACGAGGCGCUGAUGGAGGCGACCCGCAGGCAGCUCGACGCUCUCUCCGAUACUCCAUCACCGGCGACUCGGCGUACCUGCUGGCUCCACAGCGCCCCCUGAUGGCAGCACAGGACGAAGACGGAGACACUGGGCUACUCUGGCGGUGCUGCACAGCCAGCAGAGGCGCUGGCGAGUCUGACCAGGUGGCGUCAGCUCUGACGGGAGAGGAGGUGCUCAACAUGAGGAACCACCUGUACCAGGUACCAGACUCCUUGCACCUGGCGGUCAUCACUCAGCAGAAGCGGGCGGCCGAAGUUCUGCUGCUGGCUGGCGCCGACCCGACUCUGACAGAUCGCCACGGCAACACAGUUCUUCAUCUGGCGGCGCAGCAGGAAGGAGACGGGAUGCACAUACACACACACAUACACACAUAUACACACACAUAUACACACAUAUACACACAUAUACACACACACAUACACACACAUACACACACAUAUACACACAUAUACACACGUAUACACACGCUCACAGACACAGCAGCUGCUCUCCUGCCUCCCUCAGGUCUGUGUGCCAUCCACCUGGCGGUUCUGGCCAAUCGGCUGUCGGCGCUCAGGGAGCUCCUGGUGGGCGGGGCCGACGUGGAGGCUCAGGAGCGCAGCGGCGGACGCACCGCGCUGCAUCUGGCCACGGAGACCGACAACGUGUCGCUGGCCGGCUGCUUGCUGCUGGAGGGAAACGCCAAGGUGGACAGCUGCACCUUCAACGGCUCCACCCCCCUGCACCUGGCCGCGGGGCGGGGCUCCGUCAAGCUGACGGCUCUGCUGAUGGCUGCAGGUGCUGACCCCAAAAGGAACUUUGAGCCACUCUUCAUCAGGGACGAGGAGGACGAGGAGGAGGAGGAGGAUGAAGGCUACAUCUCAGGAACCACUCCAGUCAACAUGGCUGCCUGCCCUGAGGUUCUGGAUCUGCUAAACGGUCAAGAGUACGAGCCCAGGAGCCAGCGAGCCUUCGUCCUGCCACAGGGCGACCUGUCGGUUCUGGACGUGCAGGUGAAGCGGGCCGUGUGCGGCGCUCUGGAGGUUGAAGGAUGCUGGGAGAACCUGGCUCACCAUCUGGGCCUCGGCAUCCUGAACACGGCGUUCCGGCUGAGUCCAAACCCAGCCAGAACCCUGCUGGAGAGCUACGAGGUUUCUGGUGGGACUGUUUCGGACCUGCUGGCGGCUCUCCGGUCGGCAGGCGGCUGCAAAGCGCUGAGCAUCCUGGAGGGGGCGCUGCGCCAGAACCCGGACACGGCAGAGGAGGUCCAGAACCCUCUGGUCCAGAACCUGAAGGCGGACCUUGGGAACGACAGUGGCGUCUGCGACAGUGGGGUGGAGCUCUCCACGGCGUAGCGCUCUGAUUGGCCAACAUCCUCAUCCUCCUCUUCAUCACUCAAAGAUUCUACGUAUUGUAAAGGUCAGGCCCGAGUUGGACCGGAACCGGACCUGGUCGAACCGGACCGCU